AUGAAUGGGAGGAUAAAGAGUCGUCCGUACCCUCCGCCUGGAAUCCAAAUCAGUGAAUUCAUAAGCCCACGGCCACCGCACACACCAACAGCCUCAGAACCAGAAGUUUUAUGCGAUCUGGAUGAGGAUCCAGUCCGAGCAUUGGAGAGAUUCUUUGUCCUAGGAAAUUCGACUCCAACAAGAUCUGUGAAUAAUGACACACCAAAUAAGAAGCGUAAGUUCUUUUGUUUUGUUUUCUUUGAAGUUUAGAUAAACCGCUGAAUCGACCUGCUAAACGAAUUGAAUCCAGCAUGAUGUAGGAUCUUUUCUUAGCUUUAUUCAUGACUAAGAUAACGGUGGUUUUUUUAGAAUAUGCAUUCAAAGGACUGAAUGUGAUUGAUAUCGGCCGUCAGUUCUUUGGAUCAAUCCCCAAGGAGUCGUUGUUUUCUCGAUUUAUGGAGUUGUAUGCAGCUAUACCUGAUUAUCUGUCGAAUGAAAGGCAAAAUGUACUAUACAGAGAAGGCUUAACGCAUGCUCAGUUCUUUUUCAAGGUGAGGCACGGCUUUGCUUUUCUGAGUGGGAUCAAAAAGUUUGCUGUUUUCAAUAUUUUCCUCGAUUUGUAUCUAAAUUAAUAUAAUUUUUAGACAUUCCUUUUAUUCUGUCGAAGUUUGAACCCAAAAACAUCAGUGAGGAAGAAUAAUACAGCCAAUACUGUCUUCAAGCCAUGUAUUUCAAUGACCGAGGAGCAGACGGAUGGCUUUAUGCGGAUGUUGGCGCGUAUUGAGUUUCCUUUUCGUUGUAAAGUAUGGAGUCUAAUCGCAUCGUCAAGAAUAAUGUGUGUAUUUGGUAAUCAAAAGCUGGAGGCUGCUAUUUUGGAGGCGAAGAACUCGAAAGAAGUAACGUGAGUGUUUUAAUUUUGACUUUCCUGCAGUUUUUAGGCACAAGGUAACCUAAAAUUAUAUGAUUUUAGUUUCUGUGCCCUCAGCUUUGCGCUUCAUCGAUAUGGCAGUGCGUUUAACACGGAGACAGAUCUUCAGACAUUGUUGUUGUUGGGAAAAGCGAGUGGCCAAUUUGUUGAGGACUUCCUGGGGAAACGAUCAGAUGGGGCCAGAGAGUUGGCGAGGCAAGCUCUAAAUGAAGCCGAGAAGUGGGGACUGGAUGAGGAAUUAUUUUUAAUGGCAAGAAAACGUCUAUGCGACGAGAAGAAGCAACGGGUCCUACGAUUUGAAGAGUUCUCUCAUAAUAUGGGAGACCUGAUGUGCGAAUUGAGAAAAGGUAGGUAAAGACAAGUUUAAAAAUGGAUAUUAGAACUGAUAGGUUAAAAUUUUACUUUGGACAACAGAAAAUACAUUCUCGAUAGAAAGUUUUUGUUACAAAGUUUCGUCUUAUAAUUUCUUCCGGGGGUUUUUUUUAAAUUUCUUAUAUUAUCCAUGUCCAUUUCAGAAAUGCCCCGGUGCAAUCAAAUCUCAAAGCCGUGGGCCUACGUAGCCUUCUCGAAAGCCCUGCAAAAGCGUUAUGGAACUGGCGAAUGGGGAAUUGAACACCUCUAUGAUCUUAUUUAUUGUCUUCUGAAGCAGCGACCAGAGAUGAGAGCCCACGUUGUAAAAGAACUGAGGGAAAGAUGCUCAGACCCUAAGGCAGCUAGCUUUUGGCAACAUUUUGACUUCACCCAGGACUCCGAAAGACAGCGAAUGCAAAAAUUGGCGACGAAUUUGGAGAACAGACAACGAAAACAGGCCAUGGAAAUUGACCAUCUUAGAUUGCCGGUUGGAGUCGAUGUUUUCGUUGUGGAUAAUGCCUUCAAAUUGGCUUGUAUCGAGCAUAAUUUGAGGAGCGCUCAGAGCAAUGGGAAAUAUUCGGUGAUUGUUGGGCUGGAUGCGGAAUGGUCGGCUUAUGUUUUGACUAGCAGGUAUAAAUUUUUUGCAUUUUUUGAAAAUUGAAUAGUGGGAUAUAUUUUUUAUUAUUUUCAAAUUGACGGUCUUGUUUUCAGAGCGUCGAUUAUCCAGAUUGCCUUUGAAAAGACGGUCUGUCUUGUCGAUCUUGAUCAAAUUGAUGAUCAUGGAGCGUUAACUGACUUUAUGAAUCGUUUAUUUUUGGAUGAGAAGAUCCUAAAGAUUGGCUUCAGAUUUGGCGAAGAUCUAGUCCAAAUUCGAAGAAGACUCCCGAGCUGUAAUAGUCUCUACGAACCGGAAAGCUUGGUCUGCAUCGCGAGAAUUAUUGAAGAGGUAUGUUAGCGAUUAUGUGAAUAAAUAAUUAUGUUAUUCCAUAUUUUUUAAAAUUUGAUUCCAGCUGAUCAGAAUCACCUUAUCAAGAGGAUUAAAUCCAGAAAACUUUAUUAAUCUCGAAAGAGCGGAUGAGAGGAUUGAAGGGGAUGAAAAAGAGGCUAUUAUUCCGGCGGAAACUUCCGUUGUCUUAGAUGUAGAAGAUGAGGAUACCCCUCCACCAACUCCGAAUGACAAAGAAAAGCCAAAAGAAGAGGGAUCAUCCAUCAAGAAUCUUGGCUUGUCCGCACUGUGCACAGCUCUUCUUGGCUUUGAUUUGGACAAGACGGAACAGUGCAGUGUUUGGGAUAGAAGACCCCUAAGGCGGUCACAGGUGAGUAUUCGAAAUGAUAUUCGAUUUAUGAAUGAUUCAUGGUUGUAUGAGGUUUUAUUUGACCUUGUUUUAGAUCCAAUACGCUGCUCUAGACGCUUAUGCCAUGCUCAUGUUGUUCGAAGUUUGCCGUCAAUGGGCAACUCAACUUGGUGAAUCCAUUGACGACAUAAUUGAUAAACAAGAACCCUACAGAAUCCCCCUCCCAUUAUUGUUCGACAAAACCCAACUCCAGUCUUACAAAGACCGCCAGGCACAUCAGAGCAAGGCCUGGGAUGAAGCCGAGUAA